AUCAUUUGAUCAAGAAUUGCUAUGUCAUUACGUUCUAUUUGCAUUUAUUUUGUUUGCCAUCUUUGUUCUUUUUCUAUUUUUUUUCUAUCUCUUACUCUCUUCAUUUCAAUUCCGGUUUUCUUAUUCAUACAUAGUAUCACAUCAUUAUGGGCUGCGUUGAUGAAGUCAAGUCAAUGAACUUUGCGCUUUAUGGCCAAUGGCUUGGUAUUGCAUCGAUCAUUUUAUUGAUCGCUUUAGGCAUUGUUGGCUUCAUCGGACACGUUGUGUUUAGUAUUGUAGGCUGGGUGAUUGCCGUCAUUCUUAUCUUUGUUGAAAUUCCACUUUGUUUCAAGUUUUGUCCCACCAGCCCGAAAUUCGACACGUUCAUUGCGUAUUUCGAGAACUGCUGGUUCCGUGCUAUCAUGUACCUUGUGUUUGCCGUUGUUAUGUUCCUUUCCAACUUGAUGGGUGCCAGUCCAUUGAUUGCAUGCGCUGUUUGUCUCUUGUUAGCGGCUAUUAGUUAUGGUGCUGCGGCUGCUAUGGGCCAAGCCUUUGCAAGUUCCAGGUAAGUCUUGCAUCUGACGGUGCACCUGAGUUUUGGAUUUGUGGGUCGGUGCUGAUAUUAUUAUUCUUUUUGGCACAUUCAAAGGAUCCUGGGUGGUACUGGCGUGGACAAUGUCGUUUAAACAAACUCCAAAUCGUCACGUAACAAGAACACUGUAUCCGCUACCCUUUUUUUACGUUUUAUUUCACCUCAACCCUAGUUUGCUAAUUCACUUCGCCGUUUUAUUCUUGCUCGUUGAUGUUGUGUAGUACCCUAUUCAUAUGUUGCUUGAUACAACAUGAUAGAAAUACAGAAAAAAAACCAUCUCUCUGUGGAAGCUGAAUGUACCAAAUAUUGAAUAAAUAAAUAAUAAUGCAUAUUCCUUUUCAUGAGUACUAGAA